AUGUAUAAUCUCCUUCAACGUGCUAAUGCGAUAUUCGCCUUUUCGAUGACAGUCACUUUUGGCGUCCUUGGCGCAAUAGCAUUAGUGACGCCAUUUUUACCCUCUUCCCCCUCAGCUCAAAUUAAUAUCAAAAAUAUACAAGUCAUUUCAUAUGAUUACAUGUCUCAAGGCGAGAGUGAGUUUGCAUUUGUGAAAUUGAAUCUCGAUGCUGACUUAACCUCUCUAUUCAAUUGGAACACGAAACAAUUAUUUGUCUCUGUCAUUGCAGAAUAUGAAACUAAAUCGCACAAUAUUAACCAAGUGGUUUUAUGGGAUUCGAUAAUUCAAUCAAAAGACGAAGCACUCAUCAAAGUUUCUGAUUUACAUAAUGAAUAUAACUUUGUUGAUAUCACAACAAGCUUCCGUCAGGUGAAUGCAUCGUAUUCCUUAUAUUGGGAUGUAAUGCCAUACGUGGGAAUGUUAAUGAGUGGGCGAACAAGAUCUAAUCAAGUUAUUAAGUUUCCUCCACGGUCAAAUGA